CACAACGCUUAGGAGAGUGCUGUUUGGGCUGCCACUGUGUCACUUAAGUCAGAUACUAUCUCCAAACCACUCCACUACCAGGGACUGAGUUUGGUUGCUUGCCUAAGAUAUCUCACAUCUUUUCUAUUUAUUUGGUAUUUCAUUUGGUCCUCAAGAAGUGGAACCCAUUUGAACCGUCUUAGUUCUGUCUGGGCUUGGCUGUUUCUCAGUAAGGGUGUGCUGUACUGUUCUGUGCCUCAGAGGCUGAGCACCCAUGUACAACAGCAGCUACUCCCAGGCCAAGUUUGGCUUGGAGGCCAGGAGGAAGAUCCAGAAGCCCAGAGGGAAGAGCUGCGGCUACUACAUGAAGGUUCUGUUUUUCUUCUCCUCUCUGAUCCAGUCGCUCAUCAUCGUCGGCCUCAUUCUCUUCCUGGUCUACGGGAGGUCCCUGGACGCGGCAGCCGAGAGCCGGGUCCAAGACCUGGAGAAGAGCUUCAACCGGCUCUCCAUUAACAACAUGAACCUCCGGCAGCAUGGAAAGAACCUGACGCUUCUCCUGAAUGCCACUCAGACUGACAAGAUGCGCAACAACAGGGAGAUGAUGAAUCUGCGUCAAAUGGCAAACAGGUCUGGCAUAUUCAUCACCAAUCUCAGAGACCAAGCGAUUCAGUGUGAUAAUGAUAAGAAAAGCUGUCAGAUUCAACUUAGCAUGAACCGAUGCUCCAGACCCAUGACACCAGCGAUGCCACCAAAUGGCAACAACAACAAUAUGCAAGAAAACCAGGUCCAGCGGCUGGAGCAAUUGCUAAAGCUAGUGAGCACCAACUUUAGUCAGACGGUGCAGUUCAUGAGGAUUGAGAUAGACAACACAGCCAGGGACCGGGACACUCUCACCCUGGAGGCCAUCUCCCUCCGGAGGGACAAGACCUCCCUGCAGACACAGUUGGAGAGCUACAGGAAGAAGUGCAAGGAGGACUUCGUCCAAUCCCUGAGCGGCAUCUCCAACGUCUCCAAAGCCUUCCUGUUGAAAAUCGACACACUCCUGCCCAAAGUCAGCCCCUUCCUGCUCACCUGCGAGAAGCAGCGCGACCACCUGGACCAGAUCCGCAACAACUGCACCAGUCUGUCCCGCGAGGUGGAGACCAAGUUCCAGCACUACCUGGACAACGUGGGCACCCAGGUGUCAGAGAUCCAGGGCCGCAGCGCCUGGUUGCAGGCGGAGAAAGACCGGCUGGCCGAGGACUACCGCUGGUGCAGCCUCAACCGCAGCGCCAUGGCCCUGGGGCACCAAGAAACGCUGCAGAAGACCCAGGAGAAAUACGAUCGAGAGAUGGAGAAGCUGCUGAUGGACCGCAGGAGGUUGCAGGGGGACAAGGAGCUGGGGGAGACAGCGAUGAAGGUGAAGGAGGGCGAGAUCAAAAUCCUCAACGACAAGAUCAGGAACCUCAACACCUCCCUGGCCAACUGUGGCUCCAAGACCAGCAUGGGUAGCCCAGGGAUGUCUGUACCAGGUCAGUCUGUGCCCUGGGGUAGCAGCCGACCUGGGAUGGGUGGACCGAGCUCAACUGGGAAUGCAUUUGGCGGGGCAGGGUCAAGCUCAAGAGGGUUUGGGUUGACUGGAAUAGGUUCAACUGGGAUGGUUUCAAAUCCGUUUGGUAGUGCAGGUGGACUAGCGACGGGUAACAAGCCAGACUCAACUAAUCCAUUUGGUAAUAUUGGAAUGGGCCGAACAGGGUUAAGUUCAAGUUCUACUGGAUCGGGUGCGUUAGGGACAGGUAAAGUAGGGCCAGGUGGAAUAGGGAGAGACGGGACAGGAGGGUGGGUUGCAAUGGGUAACACAGGGAUGGGCGGGGUAGGGUCGAGUGCAACAGGGCACGGUAACAGGGGGUCAACUGCUGGAACAGGAUUGGGGGCAGGAACCGGUGGGUGGGGUGCAUCUGCAACAGGAAACAGCAAUACAGGGUUUGGCAACACAGGAAUGGGUGGGGCAGGGUCAAGUGCAACAGGAGUGGGUACUAGGGGGUCAGGCGGGACAGGAUUGGGUGGUGCCGGGUCAAGUGCGUUGUCAUCAUCAGGUGGUGCAAAGAAGAACGGACCAGGCAUGGGCAGCUCCAACGGUUACAGUUUAGCAAAUAUCAAUCAACACUUACGAGAGCUGCAGCAGUAUUUCAACCCCAACUCCGGCUCAGAAGUAUCUGGGUAAUCCAUGAAAUCUCACCGAGGAAAAUGGAGAAGAAAUGGGACCCUCUGCUAUAAAACCCAGUCUCCUCAUAUUGAGUUCUGGUAUGUCAAUAUACACUGAGUGUACAAAACAUUAAGGACACCGGCUCUUUCCAUGACAUAGACUGACCAGGUGAAUCAAGG